GCAUCAUCCUCGGGCUCCGCGCCGCAUUUUCGUCCAUGCCUGAGCGUUGCCUUCCCUCCCACAAACAGAGCGAACAUGGCGGCGUCCAGUAACGCAGAUCCAUCACCGGAACUAUCGAGGCCGUUAAAGAUACCGAAGACCGAGGUGCCAUCCCCAGAGUCGGAAGAUUUGAGCGACAGCAACCAAUACCACUCCGGUCCCUCCACACCCAACCGCUUCUCGCCUUUGAACGUGGGUUCCGGCGCCGCCGCUCGGACGGCGCCGUCAUCCUCCAACAACUACACGGCUUGUCGCGGUAUGUCGUGGACCCCUUCCGAAACAAACGCCCUCAUCGCAGUUUGGGGCAACGAGAGACUGACAGAGGCCAAGAUGCAGCAGUUGGAAGUCGCGGGGACCAUGUUCACUGGGAAGGCCCCAGGCCCCGCCAUGUACGAGCGAGUGUCCAGAGCCUUGUCGGACUUGGGCUACGAGAGGACCCCGUCUCAAUGCCGGGAGAGGAUGAAGACACUUCGGCGGUGCUACAGUCGUGUGAAGGAGCAUGGCAUCGGCAAGAGGAAGAGCAGCUACACUAUAGAGCAACUGGAGAAGGUGUUUGGUCAGGGAGGCUGGGACUCCCAGACCUGCGCUCCGGUGCUGAUCAACAGCAGUGGACUUUACCAGGAGAUGGAGUCUGAUGGCAGCACCUUGGAAGACUUCUCCCAGGAGGACUGGUGCAACCAGGUGCUUGACUCAGCUUUCCAGGAGGGAGACACGGACACUGAAGAAAUACAGAUGCCGAAAAGCAGAGUGCUUCAGAUUCAAGCAGAGCUCUCAGAGCAAAUCCAAAAAAAGGACAUGAUGCAGACGCUGAUACGUAUCCUAGAGUCGGUGCAGCUCAAAUGGGAGCACUUUCAGACUUGGACCGAGUUUUCACGCCUGCACCUCUCAAACAAGCUGGCCAUCUUCGGCAUUGGCUACAACAGUCGUUGGCGGGAAGAUGUGCGUUACCAUUAUGCCGAGAUAAGUUCACAGGUACCACUGGGAAAGAGGCUUCGUGAAUACUUCAAUCCAGAGAAGCCUGAGGGCAAAAUUGUUAUGACCAAAGUUCAAAAGAUGAACUGGAAGAACGUCUACUACAAGUUCCUGGACAUUACCAUCAGUGAAGCACGCUGUCUGGAGCUCCACAUGGAGGUGGACUGGGUCCCGGUGUCAUUAUCAAGGGAAGCAGGGUGUAGCGUGUCCACAUCCCACUACCUUCUACCUGGGCAUAUCCCUAAGACAUACGGACUCUACGCCAUUGGUUAUGAGGUGGCGUCAUCAGGUCGGACCUCUCCCCAAAGUGACAUUCAAAACUGUAGCUUACCUCAAUGUGAGUCAGCAAAUUGGGUACAAAGUCAGACUGAUGGAGAAGGAGCAGGGAAUAGUGACAGCACUGGGACGAAUGUCACUUACUGCUACCUUGGCAUUGCUGAAGAUAGGACCAUUCAACAGUGUCUCUUACAGAAUUUUCAGAGUUCCGCAAAACACUACUUCCAAAGUGAGCCCUCCUUGGUGACUCAUUUUCUGCAAGACAACUGCCGCAGCAGUGUCUUAAAUGAUCCUGCUGGAGGCAGAGGCUUAGCUAGGUUUUUACCCAUUUACAUAAAAUUCAUAGAGGUGGAUCUAGACUUCCUGUCUGCAGGUUCCUUAGUGGAGUGCCUGGAAACUGCUAUUGGUUAUUCUUUGAAGUACAACAGCAAAGGACCAUUUUAAUUGCCACGUUUUGGACCUGUAUUUAGAAAUCAGUGCGUGAUUGGGCCUGAAAAAGAAAAUAAAUAAUCGACAAUACUGUAUAUUUAAAUGAUUUGUCUGUGAAAAUUUAAACAGUUAAAAAGCUGUAACUCUUAUUUAUUUCACUUUUUUUCAAAUUUACAUGAAGAGUGUGCUGCUUUUUUUUUUUUUCAAAAUGAAUGUGGGGGGUUUAGUAAGGUGGAUACUGAAGUAUGGAUUGGUCUACCUCAGUAGGAUUACUAGUGAGGUAACACGGCACCAUAACAGAUAUCGGAUGUAUUAUUAAAACUACCUUUAUAAAGAUAAAGGAACUGUGGACCUUAAUUCAAACCAUAUAGAAUAAGAGUCCUUGCAACAAGUCGGAUGCAGGUAGGAAUCUUGCACAUGCAGGCAGGAAUCCUUUAGCGCUUACGGGGAUUCAAUUCAUAGUAUCUGUAUGAAGCAUUGGAGAGCUGUUUGUUUAGCCUUUUGAUAGCCUUAUAAUUAGAUACAGUAUACUUGCAU